AUGGUGAACGACGCUGAAGCCCGCCGCAUGGCCACCCGCGCCCAACAGGACCUCAACUCCUACCAGGCGAAGCAAGGACUUGGUCCUCAGAGCGACUCCGCUGCCGAGUCCGGCGUCAACGAGAUGGCCGAGCGCAAGUUCCAAGAGGCCGAUGUACGGUACGGCGGCCGAGACGCCAUCCCCUCAGGAUCCGACCGGAAGCCGAUUCCUGAAGACGAGGGGGGCAUUAGAGACGACCGAGGACGGCUUGCGCAGGCGCAACAGUUCGAAGGACGAGGCGGGCCCGAGGAUAAAAUCGAGCGGGAGUAA